UGGCCAAAGCAAUAUUAUAUCGUUGUCUGUUUGUCGUAUCGUAUGUGAACUACAGCUCCGAAAAGAAUCAACAUUUCUAAGGGAUUGGGAAAUGUAGUAUGGUUUGGGAAGGCUCAACUUCGACGUAUUUGUUGUAAAUGUUCUGAAAUGUUUUCUACGUUUGGUAUACUGGUGAAUAUCAGUCAUUGUUCUUUGUUGUGAUUAUAUAAAAGUUCAAGCUUGUCACGUCGCGACGUUCGCCACCAGUUGAAAUAUCGCUUUUAUUCUUUUAUAUUUUGGAAUACGUUUGACGAUUGGAUAAAGAGUUAAUUUAUUGAAUGGCAAACUGGGACUUAACGUAUGAAAUUUGUAAGGAAAAAUGAGCACAUUCGUGGAAGCACCGACGAAAAGUGAUACGUUCCUUGUAGUAUGUCGUCCAUGUUAUCAGUUGGUCUGAAGUUUUCAUCAGCUUUCGAAGCACGGGAUUAGAACUGCAAACACUGCAUUGGGGAAUUUUAAAACAUGAAGAAAUCUCUUAGCAAUUGUUACUGGGAGCUGGUCUCUCCAAGUGGUAUUUUAUUUAUAUUUUAACAAUUGAAAAAUAUCAAGGAAUUUUUUACCAAUCUUUUGAAUCACAUAUAAGUGCUUUUUAACGAUACUAAUCAUCAAUUAAAAAUGGGAAAACAUUGCAAACACAGCAGUGAAAGACGAAAAGACGAGAAAAAGCUGAACAAUGAAAGUAGCGAAGGUGAUUACAAACUCGUACAACACGAAGUACUGCUAUCGCCAACUUCACUUGUACGAUACGAAGUCUUGGAGUUUUUAGGCAGAGGUACCUUUGGACAGGUGGUCAAGUGCUGGAAACAAGGCACCGAUGAAUGCGUUGCGAUUAAAAUUUUAAAAAACCACCCGUCUUAUGUUCGCCAGGGCCAGGUCGAGAUCAGCAUCUUGGCGCGUUUGCGCGCCGAAAAUGCCGAUGCUUAUAACUUUGUCCGCGCAAUAGAGUACUUUCAACAUAAAGGCCACACGUGUUUGGUGUUCGAAAUGUUAAAGCAGAACCUUUACGAUUAUCUCAAGCAGACGAAGUUCAGUCCCAUGCCCCUGAAGCGAAUCCGACCGAUCAUUCAGCAAGUAUUGAUGGCGCUGUCCAAACUCAAAUCUUUGGGGCUGAUUCAUGCGGAUUUGAAACCGGAGAACAUCAUGUUGGUGGAUCCUGAAAAGUUUCCUUUGCGGGUAAAAGUCAUUGAUUUUGGUUCUGCGACACAUGUUUCAAACACCGUGUGUUCAACAUAUCUCCAAAGCAGAUAUUACAGAGCUCCUGAAGUGAUACUUGGUUUACAGUUUACCGAAGCUAUUGACAUGUGGUCGCUGGGAUGUGUCAUGGCCGAGUUGUUUUUGGGAUGGCCAUUGUAUCCUGGAUCGUCAGAAUACGAUCAGAUUCGUUAUAUCAUCCAGACUCAAGGAAAUGCUGGACUUUUUGAGUUGCUUGUUGUCGGUACAAAGGUUUCCCGGUUUUUCAAGAAAACUCAUUUCAAUCACUCCACUAGAACAUGGGAGUAUAAAUUGAAGAGUCCUCUCGAAUAUGAAAAAGAAACAAAAGUGAAGUCUCAGGAAGCCAGGAAAUACAUUUUCAAAGAUUUGGGCGAGAUUGCUGACGUAAAAUUUCCCAAUGGCUUGUCCAGUAUCGACAAAAGAGCUGAAAAGGCAGACAGAAACGAGUUUGUCAAGCUACUGAAGCAGUUUCUGUCCAUUGAUCCCGACAAACGGACCACCCCAGAUGCGGCUCUAAGCCAUCCAUUUCUUACCCUUACUCAUUUGGCGGACUACAGCAACAGUGAUGUUUUCAAUUCUGCUCUUCGAAAAAUGGAUGCAUGUCGUCGUAACGUUGGCCUUGUAGAGCAGAUGUCCAAUUUGUCACAUGGACCUACGGCGCGCAGGAACCACGUAAUGCACUCUGGUGCAUCCGAGACCUAUGUUGCUAAACGUCCCGGGUCAAGGUCACAUCCGGUUGUAAACCUAGAAGGAAAACCGUUUGUUGUCAAUUAUCCUGCACCAGUUCAACCGUCCAACUUACCUGCCAAUUCUGUGUCUGUUGCCAUGCCAACAUCCUGUCGUCCAAUGUAUAUGAAGCAGGGAAAACCAUUUGUGCUCAAUUUUCCUACACCCAUCCAACCAUCCAACAUACCUGCUAACCCUGUGCCAGUUGCCAUGCCAACCUCGCGUCGUCCAAUGUUAAUGAAGAUUCUGCCGUGGCAAAGUCAUCCUGGACAUAGCCAUCACGCAUCGUCUACGGAUAGUUUAUCCAGAAACCAAGGGAAGUGUACUUCUAAUGAUCUUGGGUAUAUGUCUGGCGAAGCAAGUCCUUUUUAUCCUGUGAACGAUGUUAGAAGCAAGAUGCAAGGAGGUCGUGAAGAGAGCCAUCAUUCCGGAGAGGCAAUGCUACCAGGUCUCCGAUCCUCUGUAUGGAAUCCCCCAGCGCUACGACCUUUCGCUCCUAUAUGGAAAUAUCCCUUUGCUCCUCAAAUGAACAUUGAUAACAAGGAAUACGACUUAAACAACUUUCCCAACUUGUCGUCCCCUGGUCGGAGACCACCCAUAAGUGACAUAAAAAUGACAGAUGGAAGCACUCGUGACCACAGCCCAAUGUUAAUGUCGCCAGGUGCAACGUGGAACGUGACCGAUACAUCGAAAACACUUGAUUCACCUAUUCUUAUACCUGAUAGUCCAUCCCCAAGCGUGAUUACGAUAUCCAGCUCCAGUGAUCGGUCCAAUUCAUGUGAUUUUUCAGGCCAAUGUUCGUCUCCAUCUGGUAAUGAAGGAAUGAGUAACGAUUUCUUUUUACAUCAAAGAAACAGUACCUUGUAUAAUGGCAGAAACUUUCACAACGUGCCUGCAGUAGCUGCAUGUAAAACCGGUCCAGGGUGUUUUACAGGCAAUAGCAACGUAAAGGAUAGCGUCGAAGUGGAUUCCCAAAGGUCACAUGAUUCGAUUCCAGGUGAAGCAUCCACUCACAAACAACCAUCCGCACGUGACAUAUGGGUUAGACCCAGGGCGAGUUGUACAACAAAACAAGACAAUAAUUCGAGUUUCUUACACUACAAAGAGGUCGACGAAGCUGUGCCGAGACGAAAGCAUCCUUCUACUGAAACCACAUUUACAAAACCCGAACAAAUAUACGAAAGCAGUUCUGGGCGAUCGGUGGAUUUCGAAAAGGCCUGUAAAGUCCGACGUAAAAGUUAUCAGCCGUCACGUGAUCAAGAAACACAAACAUUGUACGAUACCGCUUCUGCGUUCACGAACACCGCAGGAUCCUCGCGUGCCCGCGAGUUCAUCGAAAUAAGCCGCAAGAAUCAUAGUCCAACUCCAGCAGUGAACUUUCAACCUGCUAACUCGUUUCAGUUGUUGCCUACUUUUAUUCCAUUGCAGUCAGACUCUAGUGGAGCGUGCUUCGUUUCACCGACGUUAGGGUACCCAAUAAAAGCAGCCGGACACCAGCAUUUUCCUCAAAUGCCAUCUACUGCGCAUGUCUUUCAUCCAAGCGCUGGUCCGGACCAUUUUUUCUAUCUACCCUCACAAGUGUACUCCCAUAUGCCCCAAGCAGUGUCGACAGUCUAUAACACCCAUAUUCCAUCCAACAUCAGUGCAGGAGGUUCUCCUACCGGAGUGCCCGUCAUUCUUGCCCCUGGUCGGCUGGCGUAUAAAGAACCUCCCGGUGCAAUACCUAAUUAUGGGUUGAGUACUCCUGCUUUUGUUCCAACGUCUUCUUCAGCAGACUCAGUGGGGCAUACAAUCGCGGGUAGCAAUAUCAAAGCAUAUCGGCAAUAUGUCAUGAGAUCUGAAAACUAUGGCCUGCCUUCAAUGUAUCAAUAUAAACAACCAUAGAUUUUAUUUAGAGCCAAGUAGCUAGGUAUGUGUAUAUGCCGAGGUUGAGGCGCUAGAAAAGCUACGAAAACACAAUAAUCAUAUAUGCGUUUUACCAGAAGUGACAGUGCUUUAAAGUGCUGCUAAAUAUAUAGAGCAGCGAAAAGUGUAUAUGAACUUAGGCAUUGUUAAGACAUCAUGUUUCCUGGUUCACAAUCAGUAAUUAGAACUGUUUUUAACUAGAUUUUCAGAAUGUUAACUAAGUGGAAAAUAGAUGAUUUGUAUUCAUCCAAUUAAAGGCUGAUUUCUUGUACCGGCAGUCCCAAGAAUGUGGCUUUUGCAAAACUUCUUGUAGAAAGUGUGUAUGAGUCGCGCUUUCAUUGGAAGAAUUGUAUCUGCAUAAUACAUUAUAUAACUAAAACUGUCUCGGGUAGAGUGGUCUUUUUUAAACUAUAACCUGAAAUUUUACCUCAUUAGGCACAUAUUAAACCAUUGAAAAUCA